UCAAAACCCUUAAAACCCUUCGAGUCCGAGAGCCCAAAAUCCUUGUACCCGUGUGACUCUAAAACCCUGUAGGGCUUCUCUGCAAGUCGGAGAAAUGGCUUUCACUUCCAUUCUUCGUAAGUCGGCUUCUUCUUUGACCACACUCGCAAGUCAACUCGCUCGUGGCCAUGGAAAUUACCACUGUGCCCUCUUUACAGCCAUAACCCACUCCUCUUUGAGCCCUUUGGUUCCCAACCUUCACUACUCUUCUGUUUCGAAUAAGCACAGUUCUGAUGAGACCCUUCUACCUGUGAUUCAGUCUAAGAUUCAAUGCUUGCGGGAGACUGAUGGUCAUGGCCGCGUUGAACAGAUUCCAAGUGAUUUUCCUUUUGAAAUCGUGGAUAAGCCAGGGCUUCAGACUCUAACACUGAAAAGAAAAUACCAAGGUGAAGAUAUAGAAGUUGAAGUUCACAUGCCUGAUAUAUUUACUGGUGAAAAUAAUGAUCAUCAUGAUGGGAAUGAUAACAGUGAAAAGCCCAGACUAUCUAUCUUGCCACUAGUUGUUAGUGUCUCUAAGCAGAUGAAACCUAGUCGAAAAGAACGUUUAGGUUUUUACCCAUAUAGGCUUGAGUAUGGUGACAGAUGUCUAGAGUUCAGUUGCAUUUCUUACCCUGAUGAAAUUGAGAUUGACAGCUUGGUAUUUAAACUUCCUGAAAUUUCUGAUGAUGAGAAUACCUAUGAGGGCCCUAGCUUCAUUGAUAUGGAUAAGGACCUGCAGAAGGCUUUCAAGAGGUAUUUGAGAAUAAGAGGAAUCAAGCCCAGCACAUUUAAUUUCUUGCACAAGUACAUGAUCAAUAAGCACAGUAAAGAAGAUUUGAUUUGGAUGAAGAAACUUAAGAAGUUCUUAGAAGCCUGAACUUUUGCCUAAUACAGCAACUUUGGUAGAAGAGAACUCGAAGACGAAGUUUGGAUUAUUUGUUUUCUUAUGCAUAGAGGUAUACUGUUGCUGCAAUUUAUUUACAGUACCUAUCAUGUAAAAGAGUAUGAUAGUUACACACUUGGUCAUUAACAAAUAGUUGUGGCAUGAAAAACUAAUCUAGUUUGACAUUAUGCAGGCUUGUAUUUGAAAAGUUGGUUAAGUUGCUUUGAUAUAAAAAUGAAGGUGUUGUUUCAAUUAAA